AUGGCGAAGAGAAGGAAGAAGACACGGACGCACCUCAAGGGGCAGGCGGGCGGCGGCUCUCCGAAGUCAUUUGUGAUGCGCUCGGGCAACGUGGGCCGCAAUGUCGCCAGCCUCGUCCAGGAUGUGCGACGGACGAUGGAGCCCAACACGGCUUCGCGGCUGCGGGAGCGCAAGUCGAACAAGCUCCGCGACUUUUUGACAAUGUGCGGUCCGCUCGGUGUCAGCCAUCUCAUCAUGUUUGGGCAGAAGCAAAAGGCGAGCCGGAGCGGUGGCCAGUCGCUUGGCAACGUCAAUCUGAGAGUCGCCAGGACUCCGAGAGGUCCUACCGUUACGUUUCGAGUCAACAAGUUUGCGCUGGCGAGCGACGUCGCCAAGGCACAGAGAAGGGCGAGGGCGCCCGGCGGCGAGUUUCAGACUGCUCCCCUGCUUGUCCUCAACAACUUUGGAUCGGCCGAGAAGCAUGUGAAGCUCCUCGUCUCGGUGUUCCAGGGCCUCUUUCCGCCAAUCCAGGUACAGACGAUGCACCUGUCCUCUGCGCGCCGCAUCGUGCUGCUCAACUACCACGAAGAGACGGGCACAAUCGACUGGCGCCACUACCUCAUCUCGGUCAGGCCCGUGGGCGUUUCGAGGCGGGUGCGCAAGGUUCUCGCCCGCAGCUUGCCUGACCUGGGAAAGGCGGGCGACAUUGCAGAUUACCUCCUCGGCAACGCCAACGGCACAGACGGCGACGGCUUCGAGACGGACGCCAGCUCGGCAUCAGAGGCCGAGUCAGAUGUCGAGGAUGGGCCGGGUGGCAGCUCAAAGGUGACACUACCUUCCCGAUACGUCGGCCGGGGCAACGCAUCGGGCCAGCAGCGCGCCGUCAGGCUCCGGGAGCUGGGACCGAGGAUGGAGUUGCGGUGCGUCAAGAUCGAGGAGGGCAUCCCUGGCGCAGCAAAGGCAGGUGGAUCCGGCGGAGGCAACGAGGUGCUGUGGCACGACUACGUGCAAAAGAGCGGCAAGGAGGGCCAGAGGCUGAGAAAGGAGGCAUUGGAGAGGGAGAAGCAGCGCAAGCAGAGGAGGGAAGAGCAGGAGGAAAAUGUGAGGAGAAAGAAGGAGGCAAGUGGGAAAGGGAAAGCCAAGGCUGCUGGUCAUGGAGAGGAUGGCGAGGAAGACGAAGAGGAAGCAGAGCGACAGCAAGAGGGGCAGGAUGAAGAGGACGAAGACGAGUUUGCGUACGAGGACGCACAUGGAGCCAGUGUGGCCCCUGAUGGCGAUCUGUUCGAUGACGACGACGAUGAUGAUGACGUCGACGAUGCUUUCGAUGACGAAGCCUCGAUGGACGAAGGCGACAUCGGGGAUGAGGAUGAUGAAGAGGACGAUAGCGACCUCACGCCAUUUGAGAUUGAUGAGGACGAGGACGACGAUGAGGAGGCAUCCGAGGAGGAAGAGCAGGCACCGCCCCGCAAAAAGAGCAAUCGUCGAUGA